UUGACGUCUGGGUGCUCGCCGGCUUGGAAAGUCCUGCUAAAAUGUAAAGAGCUCUGCUGUCGCCCCGGAGCUCACAGGGCCCGUGGCGUCGGAGAGGACUGACUCAUCCGCUGUAAAUGGACGCGAUACUGAACUACAGGCCCGAGGGCAGCGAGGACUACUACGCCUUGCUGGGAUGCGACGAGCUCUCCUCGGUUGAGCAAAUCUUGGCAGAAUUUAAGGUUAGAGCUCUGGAAUGUCACCCCGAUAAGCAUCCUGAAAACCCCAAAGCUGUGGAGACUUUUCAGGGAUUGCAGAAGGCGAAGGAGAUUCUGUGCAAUGCAGAGAGUCGAGCCCGCUAUGACCAUUGGCGGAGGAGCCAGAUGUCAAUGCCGUUCGAGCAGUGGGAAGAUUUGGCCGACUCAGUGAAAACCUCGAUGCAUUGGGCUGUCAGAAGUAAGAAAGACUUGAUGCUGGAAGGAAGUGGCCAGACUUUCACCAGCACAGUUCCAAACAAGGAAUGGAGUGAGCAGCGAGAAACCAAGAAAGGGGACCCAGACUCAACCCCAGAGAAAACGAUGCAAAAGGAAUCUGAGUCCCCAGGGCAGGGCAUCUCCCCACAAAGCCCGGACUCCCCAGGUCUCUCAGACUCGAACUGCGGCCACCUUCGUUUCCGCUGGUCUGGCGACGCUCCCUCAGAACUCCUGAGGAAGUUCAGAAACUAUGAAAUCUGAAGCGUUGCUGUUCUGGGAAGGAGGGAGGGCGAGCGCUUCAUCUCUGCUGCCAAAGCGAAUCUUUGUUUAUGUCUUUAAAAUGUUGUAUGUGUGAGUUACCAUAGUGGCCAAGUCCCCCAUCCUCGAAGCCAUUCUUACAGUGUGCUUUGUGUUAGUUUGUACUGGGGAUUGAACCCAGGACUUCCCGUAUGCUCUGUAUCGUUGAUUCUUACCUCCUACAUGUUGUUUAAGUGAGAACACUAUUGUAAGUUGUAGUUUAUUUCAAUAUUUGAGUCAAUUAAGGCUCUUAUAUACACUUGUUUCUAAGAGGACACUUAGAUACUAGUUUGUAGUAUAUGUUUUCCCUGAAUGUUAUUUGUAGAUAGCUGUUAAAAAAUCAUUCCCUUUUGGUGUCCUGUGAUCUCUAGCCAUAUAGAAAUAUCUUUUGGAUUUUGAUUUAAAACAAAAUACAGACUUACUUGUCUAAAUUUCAUAGAAUGAAAUAAAUAAUUUCCUUAGAGUUCAUUUAUGCAUUUAGGAUGCAAACUGUAUUCAUUCAGUCAUUCAUUUAUAUGAAUUUGUGUGUGUGUGGGGGGGAAUCUACAUGCUACCACACAGCACAAGCUAGCCCUGAGCCUCUCUAUCUAGUUAUCUUCAAACUCUAGCACAGGCUGGCCCUGAGCCUCUCUAUGUUGCUAUCCUCAAACUAUGGACUGGCAAGAUGGCUCAGAAGGUAAGGAAAUUUGCUACCAAGCCUGACAACUCGAGUUCUAGCCCCAGGAACACAUGGAGGAAAGAUCAACUCCUGAAGGUUGUCCUCUGACAUUUGGCAUGGCACGAACACACCCAUACCCAAAAUAAACAGAUAAACUCAUGUAAUUUAGAAAAUAUGUUUCCUAGACACAUGUGGUGACACACACCUGUAAUCCCAGCAGUUGGGACGUGGAGGCAGAGGACUGGAGGCUUACGGCCAGCUGUGGCUACAUAGCCACUGGACAGCAGAGGGCGCAGGAGACCCCAAUUCAAGAAAGCCAAACCAAAGCAAAAAGAAAGCUGCAAAGUGCUUCCUUUUAUGAAAUAUCAGUGCAGACAGCACCACCCUGCUCUAUCUAGCUGCUGUAACAAAACACCCUUGGUGGCCCAAGCAUGCCUCGCCAUCUGUGAAGAUCUAAGUCCAAUUCAAGGGAUGGUCAGCACAUUUCCGAGGCUGCCCCCGUGUCUUGCAGGUAGCCCCUUUCUUGACUGUACAUCAUAAGGCCUCUUGUCCCUGUUUACUCAAGUCCCUGGUAUCUACCUCUUCAUAGGAAGGCAUCAUUAAUCCCAGACCAGGGUCCGUGGUUCUCACAACUUCACUUUAAUUUAUUCCUAUCUUAAAACAAACAAAC